AUGUCAGCAGCACAGCUUCUCAACCCGAAAGCGGAGUCCCGGCGACGAGGCGAAGCGCUGCGAGUGAACAUCUCUGCAGGAGAAGGCCUCCAGGAUGUUUUGGCGUCAAACUUGGGCCCAACGGGCACUCUCAAGAUGCUGGUCGACGGCGCAGGCGGAAUCAAGCUCACAAAAGACGGAAGUGUAUUGUUGAAGGAGAUGCAAAUUCAGAACCCUACCGCAGUGAUGAUUGCAAGAGCGGCUACGGCACAAGACGAGAUCUGUGGAGACGGGACAACGAGUGUGGUCUUGAUGGUGGGAGAGCUGUUGAAGCAGGCAGAUCGCUAUAUUCACGAGGGCUUGCAUCCCAGAGUCAUCACAGACGGUUACGAGGUUGCGAAGAACGAGACGCUGCGAUUCCUGGACGAGUUUAAGCUGGGCAGGGAGGUCGACAGAGAACUCCUUCUCUCCGUUGCCCGAACAUCGCUUUCUACCAAGAUCAACUCGACGCUUGCCGAGCAGCUCACUCCCGAUAUUGUGGAUUCUGUUUUGGCCAUUUACCAAGCGCCGGCGAAGCCGGACUUGCACAUGGUUGAGAUCAUGACCAUGCAACAUCGCACUGCAGCAGAUACGCAGCUUAUUCGCGGUCUUGCACUCGAUCACGGCGCGCGACACCCUGACAUGCCCAAGGACGUCAAGGACGCAUACAUUCUUACUCUCAAUGUCAGUCUGGAAUACGAGAAGAGCGAGAUCAACAGCGGAUUCUACUACAACAGCGCCGAGCAGAGAGAAAAGUUGGUCGAGAGCGAGCGAAGAUUCGUUGAUGACAAGCUGCGAAAGAUUGUGGAGCUGAAGAAGGAAGUGUGCGGUAACGACCCGAAGAAGGGCUUUGUGAUCAUCAACCAGAAGGGUAUCGAUCCACUUUCUCUGGAUGUGCUGGUGAAGAACGGCAUCUUCGCGCUGCGACGAGCGAAGAGGAGGAACAUGGAGCGAUUACAACUCAUCUGCGGUGGCACAGCACAGAACAGCGUGGAUGAUCUUACCCCAGACGUUCUGGGAUGGGCUGGCCACGUUUACGAGCAUCAGUUGGGAGAGGAGAAAUACACUUUCAUCGAGGAGGUCAAAGACCCAAAGUCCGUCACAAUCCUCAUCAAGGGACCGAACGCGCAUACCAUUGCCCAGAUCAAGGAUGCAGUACGAGAUGGAUUACGGUCAGUGUACAACAUGAUUGUGGAUGGAAGCGUCGUACCUGGAGCUGGUGCCUUCCAGGUUGCUGCUGCACGUAGGCUGAACUCGGACGAAUUUGCGAAGCAAGUCAAGGGCAAGGCCAAGUGGGGUGUUUCCGCAUUCGCCGACGCACUGCUCGUCAUACCGAAAACCCUUGCGGCCAACAGCGGACACGACAUUCAGGAGUCUCUCGCAGCCCUUCAAGACGAACAUGCGGACGGACACGUUGCCGGCUUGGAUUUGACGCUUGGCGAGCCCAUGGACCCGGUUCAGCAGGGCGUAUACGACAGCUUCAGAGUACUUCGCAACAGUAUCGCGAGCGCGACAGGCAUUGCAUCCAAUCUGCUGCUCUGCGACGAGAUGCUAAAAGCCCGGCAAAUGGGCAAGUCAGGGCCGCCAGGUGGAGGAGAAGGUGGCGAGGAAUGA